GGUGGAGCUUCUCCAACCAUGAUACGCCAAGCAUCGCUUGCUUAAACGUUUGUAAAAACAGAAAAAUCAUCUAUUUGCAACACUGUCUCUUUAAAUUCUGUUAAGUGGAUUCGUGUCGAAGCGCAUGCUCUGUUAGAGAGAAAAAGAGGAAGCGAUUGUGAGAUGAUGUGGACAUACAUAGUAUGAAAUGGGCUUUUGCUAGCAAACAAUUGGUGGCACAGUCUUAAACGACCAGGGAGAAAUAACCAAUGAAUCUGACAAUGGAGCGGUAAAGAUGUGUCGCUUGAACCGAACCUCUUUGUAAUAAGCAAAACAAGUGUGCCAGGAUGAUGUCAGAAUGCGACCCAAACGAGACCGAUCCGGUGCUGGCUGACAUAGGUCCGGUCGCCGCCGCGGUCAAAUUUAAUUUGCCUGAGCCACCGACGGCAGUAUUGUUUGAUCGGAAUACAGUCACUUUGGCGUCCGGGACAAACCCAGGUGUCGCGGUUCGGAUCUCCGGCUCAUGCGAAAGCAUCCUAACCGAAUUGGAGGCGGACGGUUCUGGAGAAGAGACUCUGUUGUUGCCUUGUUUAUCCGGGAGUACGUCGUCAACCCGGGGCGCGAGGCAGAAGAGGACGAGGCGGAACCGACAGAGCUCAUCUUCUGAUAAAGAGAACCUUUCGUCCCCAGGUAACAGUAGUGGCGAGAUGAAUCAUUUCCCAGAUGACCCAGUGUUUGGUGACAUCAUUCAGAGGGCAGAGCAAGCUAUUGAGAGUGGAGUCUUCCCCGAGAGGAUCUCUCAGGGUUCCAGUGGGAGCUACUUCGUCAAAGAUCCCAAAGGGAAAAUCAUUGGUGUUUUCAAACCAAAGUCAGAGGAGCCUUAUGGUCACCUCAACCCUAAAUGGACCAAGUACUUUCACAAGCUCUGCUGUCCGUGUUGUUUUGGGCGUGGCUGCCUGAUCCCCAAUCAAGGUUAUCUCUCUGAGGCCGCCGCCUCCCUGGUGGACACCAAGCUGGGGCUGGGGGUGGUGCCCAAAACUAAGGUGGUGUAUUUAGUUAGUGAGACUUUUCACUACAACGCCAUCGACAGAGCCAAGUCCAGAGGCAAAAAGUACGCCCUGGAGAAGGUCCCCAAAGUAGGGCGUCACUUCCACAGAGUGGGCCUCCCACCGAAGGUGGGUUCUUUCCAGCUGUUUGUGGAGGGUUACCAUGAAGCAGACUAUUGGUUGAGGCGCUUUGAGGCAGAGCCUCUUCCGGAGAACAUCAGGAAACAGCUGCAGUCUCAGUUUGAGAGGCUGGUUAUUCUGGACUAUGUCAUAAGGAACACAGACAGAGGGAAUGACAACUGGUUGAUGAAGUAUGAGAAGCCUGGAGGAGAAGAGGGGGAAAAGGACCCAGAGAAACCCGAGAGAAGUGAUCCAGCCAUUCAGAUAGCAGCUAUAGACAACGGGUUGGCCUUCCCCUUCAAACACCCAGAUGAAUGGAGAGCCUACCCGUUCCAUUGGGCGUGGCUUCCCCAGGCCAAGGUGCCUUUCUCCCAGGAGACAAGAGAGCAGGUGCUGUCUCGUCUGUCGGACAUGAACUUUGUCCAGGACCUCUGUGAGGACCUCUACGAGAUGUUUAAGACAGACAGAGGAUUUGACAAGACUAUGUUUGAGAAGCAAAUGUCAGUCAUGAGAGGACAGAUAUUGAACCUGAGCCAGGCGCUGAAGGAUAAUAAGACGCCCAUCCAGUUGGUCCAGAUGCCCCGGGUCGUAGUGGAGCGGAGCCGCACAGGAGGUCACGGCAGGGUCGUCACCUUGGGGACAGCUUUCACCCAAACCUUCCACUGCAAAAGACCCUUCUUCUCUUCCUGGUAGACGGGUGAAAAGAGGAUGGACAGACCUCAAACACUUCUAACCUGUCAAUGCAAACCGCUCUCCGUGUUGUCCUGCUGGAGGGAGGG